AUGUGCUUACCACUAAAGUUCAUACAAUUAUUCAUUCGAAUAAAUUGCUUUUGUUUCAUCAUAUUUGGAAUAAUACUUAUUACCUAAGUAUUUGUUUCACUUAAUGAAGAUAUUAACAAUAGCCAAGAUGUAAGAUUUAUUAUUUUAUCUUAUAAGGGAGUUGUAUUCACAUUUUCUGUAGGUUUAGCUACUAUUAUAGUAGGUGCAUCAGGAUUAUUAAGUUCAUAUUGUCCAAACUUUUGCAUCAUUUUUGUUUAUUCCUGUUUCAUUAUAUUUAUAGGAGUAUUAACUGUCUAUGUUACUAUUUGUUUGACCAUUUUAUAAGAUUAAAUAUUGAACAAAGAUUUUGAUGAUUGUAUUUCUUCUUCUUUACCUACUGCUCAAAAAACUAAAGAAUAAAUUUUAUGGGCAGAAACUCAGUUUUGUAAACAAAAUUGUCUUUGUUACAUUGAAAGAAUUUAAGAUUGGGAUCCAGAUUACUUAGAAAAUAAUCGAAUAUCUUAUACUACUAAUAUAUAAAUUAGUGACAUCAUCAAAUAUCCUGAUUGCAAAAAAUCUAUUAAAGUUUAAGGGGUUUCCUAAAAUUACAUUGCAACUUUAGAAGAAAAAUAUAAUUGCUCUGGUUGGUGUAAACAGCAUCCAGUUUACUUAUUUUCAAACAUUAAUAAUGGAGUACCGUAUAUAUUUUAUUAAUAUAAGAAAAGACGGUUGUUUUUCCUAUUUUGAAUAAGAAUACAUUUAUUAGGUGAAUAGAGCAUACAUUGAUUAUCUAAUUGUUGAUAUUCUAUAUCUUUUUAACUUAGCAUUUGCUAUUUGUUAGUGUUAUUAAACAAAUAGACAAAAGAAAUCUAGGAUUUAUCCGUAAAUACUUUAUGAACUAGCAUCUUAAUGA